UCCGAUAUUAGCGCCUUCUAUUCAGCGCUACCUGGAAGCCAAUUGCGCCGGUUGUUAAGGAGGUAUUGUUGGCUGGCGGAAGCGUUCGACGUACGCGUCACUCCUGUGGCUUUGUUGCCGCUGCCGCGACUCAUAACUGAGAUACACGAAACCCGGUCGCAGUUGAAUAUUUAUUCUAUGUCAACGCGUCGCGAUAAUCAGUCUCGUUUCGCCGCUGAAUAAUAUUGUUCUACCUUAUAUUUUUCCAACUUCCUUUUUCCUUAAUCGAAUUGAACAUGGCUUGCUUUAGAUUUGCUACCAUCCUGUUAAUCGUGGCUAAAGUUUCAGAAUGCCAGUUUGAUAUGGGCAGCUUCGGGAAUUUCGGUAACUUCGGCGGCUUUGGAAGCCCCCCAUCCAGCCAAUCCUCCCCGCAGGGCGGUAGCCCCAAUCGCAGCCCGACCGGCUUCAGCACCUUCGGCGGCUUCAACAGCCCCUCCUCCGGCUUCCCCUUCAACCAGAACAGCAAUACCCAACCGGCGCCCUCUCCCGCCUUAACCGGCAACACCGGCGUGUCCACCCGCGACAGCGGCCGCAACGCCCAAUCCGGCGGACAGUCCGCUAUUUCCGCCGGCGCGCAACAGGGCGCGCAGACCAACAGCCGCACCCGCCCGGACGGCAGCCAAGACGAGAACACCAACACCCAACCGAUGCGCUUCACCUUCGGUGGGAACGCCUUCUCCAAACCGGGAGCGGGCGGCGGCAGCGGGACGUUCCCGCAGUUCUCCGGGUCCUUCAAUUUUUUCGGGAACAACAACAGCCCGUUUAAUUCCGGGGGCUCCGGAGCACCCGCGCCAGCCCCGGCGGCGCCUACCUCGUUUAUUCGGGACCGGGAUCGUACGCCGGUGAAUCGGGUGCCCUCUCCUCCGACCCAGACCAACGGUAACACGAAUAACCAGGCACCCGCGGCGCAGGCUCCCAGUUUUUCGUUUAACCCCUUUGGUUCCUCCGGAAGCCCUUUUGGAGGCUCGUUCGGUGGCUUCAACCGGGCUCCGGCGCCAGCACCGUCCGCCGGCAACAAUAAUAACGGUAAUAACACGCCCAGUCCCGCUCCCAGUUCCGGCUUCGGUGGUUUCGGUAACAACAACGGAAAUUCUAUUUUCAACGGAGGCAGCUUGUUCGGUAACAACGGCUUCGGGAACUUUGGUAAAUAGACCGAAUUCUGAAUUACGCCAAGGAGCCGUGCCUGAGCCGCGCGUGCGAAUUGGAUCCUGUUCCUAGUUGCCUGACUGUGAUACUACAUUUUUUCUGCAUAUCCGCCCACAGCCACCACGUUGAGACCUUCCCCGUCCACUUCCGCCGGCAGUGUGUCCCUAUCCGCGACGACCGGAAGUAGCCCGCAAACGCUAACGCCGCGCGGCCGCUCCGACGACGCUGAAAAUACAGUCCACACCGACCCCGAUCCCCGGAGGGCGGGCGCCGACACCACGCCCCGGAGGCGCCGCCUACGGACAACGAAUUCCGCCCCUAACCGGCAAACUUAACGUAGUCGCUUCCCUUGUUGGUCAUAAUUCAAAGAGCCUCUGUACAAUUUGAUUAAAGUAUUAAAAAUUGUUCUGCUGUUUUGGAAGUGCCGCGUGUUGUGGCUGUAUUAAUCAGCCGUUAUAUGUUGCCUUUAAACAUUAAUACACAAAAUUAUUAAAUAUUCCAGUUGUCUAGACUCAUUCAACCCAUAGAUGCAGUGUGGUCGGCUAUGAUACGAUGCAUUGCAGAAUAAGCUUGCUAUAAUACGCAUGGAAGAAGCAGUUUCCACUUUCGUUU